GCAUUACCGUAAAUUCACUAUCCCCGUUAAUAUGGACGCCACCCGCGAAUCCAAGGCCUCUCAAAAUCUCUGUUUCAUAUCGUCAGAUUCACUCAACUCUCCCUGGUUCUUCGAUCGUUCGCCGUCAAUCUCUUCUCCUCCGAUCGAUUAUCGGGAUUGUUCUGCGACCGAUCGAAGAAGCUCGGUUGAGUUGGUGAUUCUUGACACGAUGAGUCACGUUUUCGAGGGCUACGAGCGUCAAUAUUGUGAACUCUCUGCCAAUUUAUCGCGGAAAUGCACGUCCUCCGGGCUCCUCAAUGGAGAGCAGAAGAAGCAGAAAGUUUUUGAGAUACAAGCUGGGUUGGAUGAUGCUGAUGCUUUGAUUCGGAAAAUGGACCUUGAGGCCAGGAGUUUGCAGCCAAAUGUAAAGGCUGUGCUUCUUGCUAAGUUGAGAGAAUAUAAGACUGACCUAAACAAUUUGAAAAAUGAAGUUAAAAGAAUCACAUCAGGUAAUGCAAAUCAAGCUGCCAGAGAUGAGUUGUUAGAGUCUGGAAUGGCAGAUGCAUUGUCGGUUUCUACGGAUCAAAGAGGAAGAUUGUUGAUGUCAACUGAGAGGUUAAAUCAAUCCAGUAACAGAAUCAAGGAGAGUAGAAGAACAAUGCUGGAAACAGAGGAGCUUGGUGUCUCUAUCCUCCAAGAUUUGCAUCAACAACGCCAAGCUCUACUACAUGCCGAUACUACUCUUCAUGGAGUGGAUGACAAUAUCAGCAAAAGCAAGAAGAUCCUGACAGCAAUGUCGAGAAGAAUGAAUCGGAACAAAUGGAUUAUAGGCUCAAUUAUCACUGUCCUGGUUGUUGCCAUUCUUUUGAUCCUUUAUUUCAAGGUGAUCCAUUAGGCCUUGCUUGUGUGCAAUGGAGUUGAAGCCAAUUGUUCCCUCAAAUGUCAUCUGAAAAAAACCUGAAUUGCUUGGAUGUUGCUCAUUGGUGUUUGAAUUUUUGUCUUGCUUUGUGUUUCAUAUUGUGAUUCACAAUUGGUAACAUAGCCAUCCAAGAAGGAAUUUGCUAA